GCGCCUUGUUUCAUGUGUCACGACAAACUCUGAGGUACCGGUGUUACAGUGCGCCAUAUAGUUGCGGCUUAAACGAACCGCGGCCGCUAAAAUUUCAAUAACAUGGCGGUUAAUCUACCAUCAGAACUCACUACAAUCAUCCUGGAAUACGCAUAUUACGACGCUAAUGGCCAGCCAGACAGGCGGACGCUCAGUGCUUGUACGCUGCUUUGCACAUCAUGGUCGGCGGUUGCACAGCCUUUGCUGUUCCGCCAUGUCUGUGCACCUAGCAGCAAGGAUCAUGAAAAUCGUCUAGCAAUCUUCCGCUCGACCUUACUCUCCGGCUCCGAACAUGGACGGAUACUGGCGGCCCAAGUCCGUCGCGCAGAAGUGGCUAUCAGGGAUCUUGCCGACGUAGAGAUCUUCGUCGAGCUCAUCUAUCAUUGCCACCAUCUAUACGAGCUGAUACUACGCGUCCACGGCGUGCAUGCGUUUCAGAGCUCCACUCUCGAGGCUCUCGGCGCGCCUGCCAUCAUAGGGCGCCCUGCGCCCAUUCGCGCGCUGGCUCUCCUUUCGUGCGGCAUCCAAUCCCCCAUCCUGUACCAGCUCUUGGCCACUUGGCCUACCAUCCGCUUCCUACGCUUAGGCACAGAGCUGGCGGCACACCCGCCAACAGACAUGCCCAUACGCGCGAGCCUGUACGAGCUCUCACUUGCGCGUACCCCGUGCGUUGAAGGCAUGGGUUGGCUACUCUCCAAUUCACAAGGCACACUACGCAUCUUCGAGUGUCAUGCGGCGCCUGAAGGAGCACAUCGCGAAAUCCUCGCCGCGCACACUGCACACCUGCUCUCGCUGCGGCUCUUCCGCCACACUUUCGGCGUGCCUGCGCUGCUCCGGCGAUGCAGCUCGCUGCGCGAGGUCAUGCUCACGCAAGUAUCGGACUUUCUCCCGCUCGGAGAAUUGCCUGCAGCCCUCGAGCAUCUGACGUUCCGACAUUUCAUGAGCACGCAUUCAGUGCUGCCUCCGUCAAUUCUGGAGGCCAUCGAGAAACUGCCGAAGUUGCGCCUCGUAUCUUGCGAUGUCUCGGCACGGCUGGCAACUAACUAUGCCGCUCUGGAGGAGAAGUGCACACAGAAGGGCGUCGUGCUCGAUCACGAUGUCGUGCCUAUCCGUGCGUUCGAAGAUCCUAUUCCUUUGGUGAGGUUUCCUCGGGGCCGAAGCGUUGACAACCUCCGUUAUAUGAAUCCAGAGGCACAAGAAGAUUAGACUUGGCUGGGGUAAUAGGAAUGAACCGCGGGGAUGCGCUUCUGAGCGCAAGGGAAGCACUAGGGACGGGCCGCGAGCUGACUGCAUCUGAUUUGACGGUCUAGUACACGUUGUCACUGUAUUAUCGCCUCUUUGCCAUCUGAAGCGUUAGAUUAUCGAUAUACAUCUGCAGAGUCUCGUUGCCCGAUGCGAGUUUGUUCACAUCGGCUUGCACGGCUUUGACCCGGGCCAAGAGGGCUUCAGAGAAGCC